ACAGCAAAGGUCAAUAUCCAAUGCAGCCAACCUACCCUGUGCAGCCUCCUGGGAAUCCAGUGUACCCUCAGAUCUUGCAUCUUCCUCAGGCUCCACCCUAUGCUGCUGCUUCACCUGCCUACUCAGAGGUCUAUUGUCUAAGCUUUGUGCAUCCAGGGGCUGCCACAGUCCCCAUGAUGUCAGCUGCAUUUCCUGGCACCUCACUGUAUCUUCCCAUGGUCCAGUCUGUGGUUGUUGCACCUUUAGGUUCCACAGUCCCUAUGGCUUAUUAUCCAAUUGGCCCCUUUUAUCCACCUGGUUCAACAGUUUGGAGCUGGGGCUACUGCUGGCAACAUUCCUCUUCCACCCCCAGGAUGCCCUCCCGAUGCUGCUCAGCUUGCAGUCAUGCAGGGAGCCAAUGUCCUCAUAACUCAGCGAAAGGGGAACUUCUUCAUGGGUGGCACAGAUGGUGGCUAUACCAUCUGGUGAAGAACCAAGGCCCUCUCUGUGCCGGGAAAGACAUCACAUACCGUCAGCACUUCUCACAAUGUAACUGCUCUAGUAAUAUUAACCUGAAGUUGUAG